AUGAACACCACCAUGGAUUCAAAGAAAUCUAACAAGAUCAGAGACAUUGUCAGGCUUCAACAGAUUCUCAAGAAGUGGAGAAAGAUUGCUAACUCCUCCUCCUCAUCAUCAAAAGCAAUCUCCACCAGCAACCACAACAUGAGCAGCAGCAGCAGCAAGAGCAUCAAGUUUCUGAAGAGGACACUUUCUCUGUCGGACAAAACCACCUCCUCCUCAUUUGAGGCCUCAAGCAUUGCUGCUGUCCCCAAAGGCUACCUUGCUGUUUGUGUUGGGGAGGAGCUCAAGAGAUUUGUCAUCCCAACUGACUACUUGGGUCGUCCUGCUUUUCGCAUUCUGCUGAGAGAAGCUGAGGAGGAGUUUGGGUUUCACCAGACUGGUGUUCUGAGGAUUCCAUGUGAGGUUUCUGUGUUUGAAGAUAUUUUGAAGAUGGUGGAGGAAGACAGGGACACAUUGCUCUUCAAUCUGCAAGAAUGCAGGUUUAACAAAGAUGAUAUGAUGGGGUGCUGCUCAUCAUCAGAAGGCCAGCUUAACUUUUCUCACCACCCAGAAAGCCCAAUGUGCAGAUAG